UGAGCGAAGCUGGGAAACGGACUUUCGUGCGAGACGAGGUGAGGCGAGAAAAGAAGCGAGAAUAGAGGAGGAUUGCUUCUCGGUUCCUAGUUUUCUUACCCUUCGUGGAGAAUGAGCAACUUUCUAACAUCGUUGCCAAAGUCAUUCUUGUAUUUUGUCGAUUACCAUGUUGUGACUUGAGACUAUUCUACGGUUUACAUCCGGAAGCCUUGAAUGCUUAUAAAAAUAUCCAAUGUAUUCGUCUUCCUCUUCUAUUCGCUCGGUUUCUUCCUUCAUUCGCGUUUCAUUCUCGCGACAGAAGAAGCUAACUUGCCGCCGCUUCCGGCACCGACGGCUGCGACAGGCCCGAGCAUCGAGACAGCGAUAGCGAUCGGCGGUACAAUAUCGGCAACCGGAACUGUCCAGCGAGACGAUUCACCGCCACGAGGUCCCCGAACAUUAUUGCUACGCCGUAGCGAAUAUGGCUUCGGUUUCACUCUACGUCAUUUUAUCGUUUAUCCGCCAGAGGCCUGUUGCAUUCUGCCAGGCCACGAGCGAACGAAUAUCGACGAGCCGAUGGACACCAUAUUCGUGAAACAAGUGCGUCCUAACUCACCGGCAGCGGAAGCGGGAUUACGCACGGGUGAUCGGGUAGUAUCUGUCGACGGGAAACCGACGCGUGGUGAACAGUACGCGAAGGUGGUACAGCGUAUCCAGCAGGCAGGACCGUGGCUACGUCUUUUGGUGGUUUCGAAGGAAGACGAUAUCUUGCAAAGAUAUUUUGGCGAGACUGCUCACAAUCCCGAAACGAAUCAGCGACCGCGAUUGCGUUCCCCAGAAAGGAGUUGUCGCAGGCAGCGUAGAUCGGCUAGUAUGAUCCCUGGUCUGUCGCCAAGGACGAGGCAAUCUUGGGUCUGUUCAGCAUCUAGUUCAAUGCCGUUGCCGUAUCAAGACCAUGAUCCAUCACUGAUUGACCAAGGACUUUCUGGCUGGGAUCCGGAAAUUCGACCGAACGAGUUUUCCAAAGAAACUGAGCAGGUUCGCGGCAACAAUAGUAAAAUGCAGCCGCAGAUGGCGAGAAACGUGAUGUAUCGUAGCAAACCUACGCAAGAAGCAGCUAUCGCUAGCCGCUACGAACCAGUGGAUGAUAAAACGAGAUUGCGGAAUCAGCAACAGCAGCAGCAACAACAACCGGUGAAAGGGGUUUCGAGUUCGACUAGCGCGCAACCGUAUGAUAAACCAUACGAAGUUUACGAUAGAACGCGUUCCGAGUCGAUCUACUCGAGGACCAACAGUGAUCAGAUUUACGAUAGGAUCAAGGAUCCGAUAUACGAACGUGUGCGACUCGAAGAACCGAUGCGGACGAGCAUGGAGGAACAUCAUCAUCAACAGCAACAAUCGCCGCAACGACAGCAGCAGCAGCAUCAACAGUAUUACCAGUCUCAGCAUUCAAGUUUGUCGCGGUUUCCAUUAUCACGUGCAGAACCGCAAGUACCUACUUUCAGGUUGGCCGCGAGGAGAACGAAUUCUCGUCGCGCCAGCGAAGGUAGUACGAGUAAUUGGACGAUAAACAAUUUGGAUACAGCCAGUUACGCUAGCGCGGACGCUCUCAGAUCAUGCGAGCCCGGCUCCAGAUUCAGCAUCGAUUCGAGGAGGGAUUCGUCUCCCGCGCGCGUCAACGAUCCGUCCUCCUAUGACGUGAUGCUGAGGAACGGAACAAAUCCAGCUAAAAACGAGAAUCGAAAUGGUAACUUGUACGGGUACAAAACGAACAAUGGGAGCACUGGCGCUGGCUCAGAUUCGACCAUCAACACGAGCAUCGAUGAUUCCGUCAUUAUGACGAGGUUACGAAAGAGUUUCGAGCAGAAAGAGGAAUUUCUACGGAGACCAAGCCACCCGAUCGGUUGGUUUCUACCCGAAAAAGAAGAUAGACCCGAGUCUCCGAUUCGGAGCAACGCUAGUUCGAGUACAAGCGUGAUUCCCCGGGAAUUCUAUGCGAGACCGCAGAAACUCCAAAAGCAAAUUUGGCCACCGAGUGAUUUGAAACCAGAUCAACAAUUCUCGAGGGUCGUACAAGACCAAAACCGGGUGUUUGCAGGGAAAUUACCAGCGGAUAAAUCCUCUUUGAGUCAGAGUGUUCAACAGGCGAAAAAUAAAAACGGGACUUCGUCCGCAGAAGCGGAAUAUUUUGCUUCUCGAAGCGAUCAAAUCGAAGAGUCUCCUAACACGAUGCACUCUUUCGACCACGCACAUCGUCAGCCAAUGGUGGCUUCCUCUGCUGUUUACGAAAAUCGUUCCGAUUUGAAGGAACAGGGUGACCGGGAUAAGCAUCGAAGUACUGGAAAGUCGAACAACUUCGUUGGAACACUGUCGAGAAUACAAGAGAAUAUUGCCAAUGUUGGUAGUUUCCUAUCUUAUGCGGGUGAUCGUCAAGCGAUAGAUGCUAGGAACGGUGCAUCGUCCCUGCCUUCGUCGCCUGGUCCGGAUAAGAAAGUGGCGAACGACAAAUUCCCGACGCUACCCCAAGGGCUUCAAAUUGUAUCGAAACGCGCGAAGCAGUUUGAAUCUGGACGAUUGUUGAGCGAUGAUGACGAACCAACUGGCGAUCGGACCAGUCUUUACAAGAGCGAACUAUCGAGGUUGUCGAACAAACGUAGCGUACCAAACGUUGCCGUUCGUAAAAGGGAAUUCGAGUCAAAAGCCGAGGCGCAAGAACCAAGGAGAGCGCUAGUCGCUUCAACUAGGGAAACCAAGUCCUUGGAUAAUGGUAACGGAUUAAAAGGGAACAGAGUAAUUCCCGUAGGCAGCAGGCACAUCCAUUGCGCGCCGCCAGCGACUUAUAGUGCUCAACAAGACACACUGAGUUCAAGGAUCGUGUACAAUGAAGUUGGACCAUCAAGAAUUCGUAGUAAUAGCGCGGAAUCAUGGGAAUCCACAAGCAAUUCUGUCGAUUUGAUGAACAGGCACCAGUGGCCUCAAAGAGAAGAUGAGACUGGACGCAAAAGAGACGCGAACGAGACUGAGGAAAAUCGUGGUUACGUUGACGCGUCCGAUGAUGGGAACGAGAAAAUCAUCGACACUGAACAUGGUGUGCUCUCAACUCGGUCUUUAGACAGCGAUGUGCACAGAAAUGGUGGCGUUGUGUUCAGGCGGCAAAAGAAUACGCAAAUCUCGGACGAGGACCGUGCUACGAGGAGAGUGUCGUACUUGAAGGCGACUUGGGGUGAGCGAAUACACGUCGAUAGUGAUUUGGAGCUGAGCGAUUCCGAGCCUAUCAUCCACAGUUGUAGGAGUGUUCAUAAGAGAUGGCGGCUGCCGCCGCUGCUUCGAAACGAUAUAGCAUCGUUACGUCGCAUCUUCGAGGAAGUGACCCAAUCCACUAGCUUAAACAGACAUAUUAAUCGCGGUAAUCCCACCUAUCCUGGUAGAGAAGCACCGGCAAAUGUUACGAAAAGCAUCGAACAAGUGGAACGAGAGGGACCUCUGCACGUCAAGUUUACAGUAAUCGAUGGCAAGCGAUCUUCUGACCGUUCAUGGAAGCAAGUAUGGGGCGUUUUACGUGGACCAAUUCUCUUCUUCUACAAGGAUCGUCAAAAUCAAAGUCCUUCGUUAUCCAAUGACGGUGAAAAUGUAGUCCAAAGCGUGGACGUGAGAUGUUCCCUGGUAGACAUUGCAGAGGAUUACACGAAACGAAAGCACGUGUUGCGGCUGGCGAAUCCACACAGUACAGAAAUUUUAUUGCAGACCGAGGAUGCAGCGUCCAUGGCGCUCUGGUUGCGAGCACUGCACGAUCACGCAGCCGCUGAGAAGCCGUCCGAAAUCGCGCAAAACAGUACUCUGAAGCAGCAAGCUGUGCCACAAACUCCAGGUCCGACUAGCAAUUCCACGUCGAGUCAGGUGAUCGCAAAUACUGGUGCGGUGAUGUCUGGCGGUCAGCGACUGAGUCCUCUUCCUGGACACAAGGGUAUCAAGAAACUGACAUCGUUCCGGAACAGAUCUCCGACUGGGCAGUCGCCUAUAAAUAAGUCUCGAAAACCAAGCCAAACGAUCGAGAGUCUGGUAUCUCCGAAAACGAAAACGUGGAAGGGUAGAGUAGCGAAGCAACUUCGGAGAAUGCACGGUCAAACCGGAUCCCCGUCUUCGCCAACCACGCAACUGCCUCCUGAGGGUGCUACUUUCAAAGUACCGCUUGAACUAUGUCGACCAUCUUCGUUCUCGGAAUAUGUGCCGCUUAUUGUCGAAAUGUGCACGAGCAUCGUCGAAGCAAGAGGAUUAGAGGUUAUCGGUAUCUACAGAGUUCCAGGUAACACCGCAGCCAUUUCGCACUUGACGGAGAGCGUGAAUAAAGGCUUCGAGAAUAUUAAUCUUCAGGAUCCCAGAUGGAGUGACGUGAAUGUGAUAUCCUCUCUUCUCAAGUCUUUCUUCCGGCAGCUUCCUGAUUCAUUGCUCACCGCUGAGCUAUACCCCAUGUUUAUCGAUGCCGAUAAAGUUGAAGAUCCUCAAAGACGAAUGACGACGAUAAGGAAAUUGCUCAGGGAUCUUCCGGAUCAUCACUUCGAAACUCUCAAGUAUUUGAUGUUUCAUUUGAAAAGAAUCGUCGAGCACAGUGAGGUGAAUAAGAUGGAGGCGAAAAAUUUGGCCAUCGUGUUCGGUCCCACGUUGGUGCGAGCGAGCGGUUCCAGGGACAACAUGGUCACAAUGGUCACUGAUAUGUCGCACCAGUGUCGGAUAGUUGAAAGUUUGUUGAACAAUGUUGAUUGGUUCUUCUCGGAUGAUGACCUGGACGAUUUGAGCAGAUUGAGCGUGAAUCUUAGUCUUCCGGCCGAUACUAGCGAGAUCGAAGCCGCGACAUCCAGCAACAAUCAUAGUUUAUUAUUAAAUAAUAUUCAUAAGAUGGAAGGAGUUCGAGAGAUGGCAUCAGCCAAGGACAUUGUAUCAUCGAUCAUAUCUGCAGCUAAUCGUAAGAUUCAGAGAAGACGGAAAUGUCAAGACGAAACGGACAGCGAAGUUCAACACCAAGUCGAUAAGACGAGAACGAAACAAGAAAGCCUGCCAAAUCGGCAAAGCAUGGCGCUAAGUGAAAGGCAGUGUUCUGUCAGCCAGAUCGUUCUGAUGCACGAGAAUAAGAGUCAGUCGAACCGAUCUCCACCUCUGGAUGGGUCCAGCGGCAACGACCAUGUCAGCACCACCGACGGCAGCCGGGAUGUGUUAGACAGCCAUGGUGACGUUGGCCCAGACGAAAAAUCGAAAAAGUAUUUAAAUCAUCCAGCGAGUCAUCGCUCGGCCGUCUCGUCGGCUUCCGAGUCGUCGCGACUCUCUAGCGAGACUGGCCUGAGCUGCUUCGACGCGAGCUCGACGCUCUCGAGUGCAUCAAACGACACCAAGCAAAGCAACGAUGAGAUCACGAUAAGGACGUACGCGGGAUUAAGCGCGACUACUCAGGAACGUAUACGAAAAUUCGAGCAAGAGACGAAGGCGAUGUUACAAAGAGAUCAGAAUCGACAGAGAAGAGAGGCCGAGAAGAGAGAGGAGGAACGACAGAGGAUCGAGUUGGAAUGGCAAUUAGCGAAACGCGAAAUGGAGGACGACGAUCUGCUAGACAAUAUAGUUGACACAACGGUGACAACCCCCGCUUAUCAUCUCGCGGCCGCGUCCCGUCUUUCCAAUCUCACCGGUUUUCGUUCAGCCGGGAGUCGAAUUCCACCUCUUUCGAUAGCUGUCCAGCAGCAACCCACGUCCGCAAUUCGACGAGUAUCGCAACUCGCUGAACUUGACGAGUCAUCUACCAUUCUGUCUCCAGAGAACGUUUCGAACACUAUCAUCAAAAAAUUGAAGACUGGCACAGAGAUGUUGGAACCUUCGACACUACCGCCUAUUCGUUACGGCAGUUUGGAUUCUCUGCACGAAACGCACGACGUUUCUCAAACGUCUCUCUCGCCGACCAGCCAACAAAGGAAACCAAUCUCCAGCGACGUAUCGGACGAUGCUGGAUCUUGUUUCCUGCAAUGGACACAGAAGAUUCUGACUAUUAACAAAAAGCUUUCUAGGCAAACGGCAAACCCCGGUUUCUGGUGGUACAUAUCGUCCCACUUGCACGGCGCCGGAAGCCCCGCUGGCUCCGCCACGAAGACACCGGGCCCGUCGCCAGUGCCGAUGCCAAUACCAAUGUCAAUGCCAAUAUCAAUGCCAAUGUCAAUGCCAAUGCCCAUGCCAAUGUCGAUGCCAGGCCGAGUGCAAGUGCCCGGAUCAGGGUCAGUGUCAGUGUCAGACGCAACUGCAACCGGCAACGAUCGCGGGUCACCCUCUUCAGGGCUCCCGGCCUCGGAACGCGUCGAGCCUAUCGAGCAGUCACCACCGCGAGGGGUGUCCUCGAGCUCGGGCGCCGGAUUAUCUUCCAAGACUUUGAACAGGUUCCUUAGAGGUAGCGAUCUCUUGACCAGCUUGACGACCACCUUCGAUCGUAAGUGGAGGUCCCUGGUAAACUCGUCGAAUCCAACUAUCCGUGGAUCCGAAACAGAGAAUGCGUCUCUUAGCGACGAGGAUGUCACGGUGACGCGGGACUCGCAGAACUUGCGUACUUCGCGCGAAGAAUCGCGAGAGGGGGAAGACGAGGAUGGACGCAAGACGACCGCUUCUAAAUCUGCUGAUUCUUCCUGCCCUGUCGAUAACUACCGGGAUCCGAGUCUUCACAAGAUGUCCACCGAAAAACAUCAACACGUACGGCAGAAAAAUGACGCCCCCGAGAAGGAUACAGAUUCAUCGGUAGUGGAGAAUAGCGGAAGUGUCGAGCCUGUUGGUGCCGCGGUAGACAUACCGGACAACGAUCGAAGCGCAAUAGCGCGGAGAAGGAUUGAGUCGAAGCAGGAACAAUUGCGAUCGAGCAAGGACACCGUUGACGAACAGUCCUCAGAAAUUCAGGAAUCGAAUUGCAGAACCGAGAAAGAGGCGACGGCAUCAGCGCAGGGCGAGAAAGGAGCGGACUCAAAUUAUUCGAACAAACUGAAGAAAUUUGAGAGUCUAACGAGUUCUGAGGUGAAGUCGCGACUAAAGAGAUCGGAGUCUUUAAACAAGAGGUCUGAGAACACCUCGUCUAAGCUGAAGAGAUCCGAGAGUUUGAACAAGCAUUCCGUCGAGAGGCUCUCGUCGCCGACCAACGGCAAAUUGAAACGGUCCGAGAGUCUGAACAAACACUCGGAGAGGUCCGACUCGCCGAAUAGUAAACUAAAGCGGUCAGAGUCGUUGACAAAAACAGAGAAAACCGAGUGCAACAUCAGCAAGAGGCGGCAGUCCGUCAGAAAGGACAGCGCGACGAAAUUAAAAAGAAAGAACGGUAUGCCCGAGCGAUCAAUUAAGCGAAGGCAUACAGUGGGCGGUACGAAAGAUUUCGACAAGGUGCACUGGUUGGACAAUAAGUUGCAGGUUGAAACUGAGAGGGUAGUUAGGAACGAGUGUAGGCCGAAAAAGAGUCAAUUGAGGACGAGCUCACCGGAUCUGAGCACCGGUCGAAUCGGUCUCACCGACGCUAGUUUUCUGAUCGAGGUCAGCUUCCGAGGGCCGAGUAAUGUCAUCUUCAAUGUGACCAACGCUCGUCCGCAAUCGUUACCUGACACCAGCUUAGCUUCCAAAGUGUUUAAGGUGCCUCUCGAGAGUCACGUGUAACGCGUCAUGUUUCUUGUUUACCUCCUCUUUUUAGAGGGAUGAAAUGUCAAAUCACAGAUAAGAAAAGAAAGUAUUGCGAAUCGCUAUUUUUUGUCAAUCACUUAUGUAUAUCACAGCGUGUCAAUUAUCUACGUAUCGUACUUGUGAAGUGUGCAAUUUUUUGUACGUGCAGCACGUACAUAGGUUUUAAAAGUUUAGUAUGCAUGUAUGCGUGGGAGGAGUGCGAGAGGUAGCUUGAUCUCUCGAUUAAAUAAGAAAAGCGGUUUUUUUUUCAUGUAGCUCUGCGCACGAAUUCAGGCGCAUCAGCUAUGUGAUAUCGAUCGUAAACGAUCGCCGUUUCAUCGUUCAUCUAUGCAUUUUAGGCGUAUGUCAUUAAAAAGCAGCAACGAUUUGCAAAGCACGUUGCCUUUUAUAUAUCCGAGGAAUGAUAUUCGUUCCUUCAAACGUAUCACGCCCGUACAGACCGUUAACGAACAUUUGUUCGUGCGGGCAAUUAACGAAAUUAGUAAAAAUCACGUAUGUAAGGCGACUCACGAGCCUGACAAUCGAUUUUCUUACUACUGUAAAUACACACAUAUACGUACAUGGAUACGUAAAACGAAUGAAAUUCUAGGCCGACGACAAUUAUAAAGCUAUAUAUUUAUUUUAAAUUCGUAACGAUCGUGAUAGUAUUAUUUAUUGAACGCGUCGAGAUUCCUGGAAUGGGACGAAUUUAUGUAUUUGCCCAUGUGGUGUCAAAUUUGUAAAUAAAUCUUACAUAUUUCUAAUUUAAAAAAGAA